ACCGUCGUGUUUUACUUCUAGGCAUGCGCAGUGCCGAGAGAGCGCUCUGACUGACCACGUAGCCUGUCUCAGCUGCGGUACAGAUAGCUGCAAUACACGAAUUCACGGCCUCUCUACAGUAGCAACGGGCCGCUGAAAAAUGGCGAGAUACCUGAGGCCUCCGAAUACAUCUCUUUUUGUCAGAAACAUCGCCGACGAGUCCAGGCCAGAGGAUUUACGGCGUGAGUUUGGUCGUUAUGGGCCUAUUGUAGAUGUCUACAUUCCACUUGACUUCUAUACACGACGACCAAGAGGAUUUGCUUACAUUCAGUUUGAAGAUGUCCGGGAUGCAGAAGAUGCUCUUCACAACCUGGAUCGUAAAUGGGUUUGCGGGCGCCAGAUUGAGAUCCAGUUUGCACAGGGAGACCGCAAGACCCCUAAUCAGAUGAAGGCCAAGGAGCGCCACUCCCCUCGCAGUUUCUCUCGCUAUGAGGAUGAUCGGGAUACCCGCAGAAGACGAUCACGGAGUCGCAGUUAUGAUCGCCGCAGGUCCCGGAGCCCUUCUUUUGACCGUCGCCCUCGGAGGUCUGAGAGCCCUAGAGACUCUCGAUCCUACAGCCGACACAGAAGAAGCAGAAGCCAUGAAAAUAACAAGCACAAAGCUCCUCCCAGUGACCACCACAGAACGCACCAUGAAACGGCCUCACACUCCACCUCCCGCUCCCCAUCAGCGUCCAGGUCAAGACCAAAAGGUAAAAAGAGCCAGUCCAGGUCUCACAGCCCUGCCGAAGACUUCCACCCAUCCCAGAAACAGUCUGUCAGGAGAUCCCCAUCACGCUCCUACUCUAGAUCCAUGUCCCGGUCACGCUCUCGCUCCAGGUCCUGGGCUGGACGCAAGUCUGGAGGCCACUGACAGACUGUUCUCCAAAGCCCUGUUUAAUGUUCACCUCUAGCCAUUUUGGACAUGCAUUACUUCACAUUGUUGGCUUCAUUAAUCUGGUUAAUGAUUAAUUAACUGGUUAAUAAUGUUCUGUUACGUUCCUCCCAGGGUUUUUUUUUUUGUUUGUUUGUUUUUCCCCCCAGACGUACAAGCAGCAGUGACAGGAGAACCACAGUAUGUGUGCACAAGAUUUUUGCUUUUGUAGCUACAAGCAUUAUCAGUAUUGACUCUAGCGUGUAUAACAUUUGGUUCCCUGCUCUUGCUGCUGAGAACUGCACCAAUUCCCUACCACACAGAGAGAAGGCUACCUUCUGGAUUGGGAAAGUUCGUAACAGAAGAAUACCUUAUAUUGUAAAUUUAAAAAAAAAAAUUAUUGGAUAUAAGCUACUACUGUAGUGAGCUAUGGAACUCAUGCAGAGCAAUGAUUUUGUGCGUCACUAUCUAUCAAUGUAACUGCAUGCACUCAAAGUUGAAUGCUUCAAGGUCCAACUGUGUUAAGAACUGCUGUUGUGACCUUUAUGAAGAGACCAGGGUGCAAGUAGACAUGUUAAAAGGUUGUAUUUAUAGAAAGGUGUGCAUGUGUGAAAGGAGUCUUGUGCUUCCUGCUUUCAUUUCUUAUUUGAAUACGGAGGAAUCUCUUGCCAAAGGUAAAUAAACAAUUUUGUUAUGUUUGUAAGAAAAGCACAUUUGGCUCCUGCUUUUUUUUUUUUUUUUUUGUACAUGUGUUAAAUUAAACUGAAGGCCUGCUUUGCCAGUAUUCACAACAUGCCCUGGUCUGGUUUAAUUUCAGCAGGCCAACUUGUAUACUAUAGUUAUUGUAAUUGCUGUGACAAUGAAAGAUAUGCUGAUACAGCUGGUACCCAAUAAUAGUCAUUUUGUUAUGUAAUAAUAUACUAAAGAUAAGAAUCAAUUGUUUUUCGUGUCCCUAAGUAACUCCCUUGUUUAAACUGUUAUACCUGAUAUCUUUUGACAAUAAAUACAUUCUUACACUCCUCUAGUUGAACAAGCUGUGUUGUAAAGGUAGUGUCAAACAAGUGUUACUAUAUCAAGUCAAAAAUACUCAAACACAAAGUAGGGGGGUAGGGGAGGGGAUUUAAUUUUUUGUUUGAGGUUGUUUUUUUUUUUCGUUCAAGUUUUUCAUCAAUUCAAAGAGUGCUUUCUUGUUUUACAUUUUGUAACAAAUUAACACCAAUUGUAAACAGGGCACAUUUCAUUGUUCUUGGUGACAUUUCAUCCGAGGGACAAAUUAAAAAGCCAAUUCACUGAUUUAAAUUUUGAAUAUGGAGACUGCCAUGCAUGAUUUAGUCUGGGCAAGAAAAAAAAGUUUACAUGAACCAAGAAAAGGCAGUAAUUAAAAUAAUAGACAUUUUCAAUUGUCAGCAGGCGGAAGAACAGCCAAGAACCGAAAAUGUCUGGAAAAUAUUUGGUCAACUUGGGAAUUUCCACCAAUGAUUAUGGUCAGUUUCAGUAUGAGUUUUAACUUAGGCACAGUUUUUCUUUUUUGUAAAAAAAUAAAACAAAAUAAAAAAGUGCUAUGCUUACACACCAUUGUAAGCACAUUCACAACUCAAAUCUAUACAUAUGCAAGUCUCCUAGAGUCCAAUUGGGAGGUUUUUUUUCUAUUUUACUUGUUUUUCCCAUUUAGCAUCUUUCAACCUACACUGCACAAUACACAAUAAAAAAUGUGCAAUAACUCUGGAAAGAUCAGAGUAUAGGGGUACUGAUAGAUGCUAUAGGCAGCUUUUUUUUUU